AUGUCCUCCUUCGCCCUUUUCCGAGUGGCCCGCGGCGCCUCCCAGACUCUCGUUCGCGCCGCUCCCCUGCGACAGCCCAUCACUGCCCGCGUCGCCCCCGUCCGCAUCGCUACCUUCACCACUACCGUCCGCCGUCUCGAUUCCCACGAGGAGACUUUUGAGGAGUUCAACUCGAGGUUUGAGAAGGAAUUCGAGCAGGUUCAGGACGUUUUCGAGCUCCAGCGCAACCUCAACAAUGCCUUCGCCUACGAUCUCGUCCCCGCUCCCGCUGUUGUCGCUGCCGCGAUAAAUGCCGCGAGGAGGGUUAACGACUUCGCUACCGCCGUCCGUGUCUUUGAAGCUAUCAAGGCCAAGGUCGAGACUUCCGGUCAAUAUCAGGAGUACCUCGACGAGCUCAAGCCCCUCCGUGAGGAGUUCGGCAUCGAGCUCAAGGAGGACCUCUACCCUGAGGAGAAGAAAUAA